AGUUCUAUUCAGCGUUGUAAAUAGUAACCUCGCCGAAUGAAGUUAUUUUUAUGGCACUUAAAUGAUUCCUCUGCAUCUGGAGAUGGAAAAUUUUUAUGCGUCGUUUUGCAUGACUACAUGAAAUGUUUUGAUUUUCUUGCAAAAGGUGAAGACCUCGUUAUACAAAUGAAGUUGCGGCACCUAUUUCUAAUGGUUAUUUCGGCCGGAGUGCUGACGUUGUGGUUCGCGACCUGGGACUCCAGCCACAACCCGGCGGUGACCUUCUUCACGAGACCGCCGCAGAAGCACGGGUCGACCAGAGGAGAGAGCGCGCCCCACAGACCAGGGGGAGUGCUGGGGACCCCGGUGGCCGGGGAGAAGAACAUCUUCUUCACGAGACCGCCGCAGAAGCGCGGGUUGACCAGAGGAGAGAGCGCGCCCCACAGACCAGGGGGAGUGCUGGGGACCCCGGUGGCCGGGGAGAAGAACAUCUUCUUCACGAGACCGCCGCAGAAGCACGGGUCGACCAGAGGAGAGAGCGCGCCCCACAGACCAGGGGGAGUGCUGGGGACCCCGGUGGCCGGGGAGAAGAACAUCUUCUUCACCAGACCGCCGCAGGAGCGCGGGUUGACCAGAGGAGAGAGCGCGCCCCACAGACCAGGGGGAGUGCUGGGUACCCCGGUGGCCGGGGAGAAGAACAUCUUCUUCACGAGACCGCCGCAGAAGCGCGGGUUGACCAGAGGAGAGAGCGCGCCCCACAGACCAGGGGGAGUGCUGGGGACCCCGGUGGCCGGGGAGAAGAACAUCUUCUUCACGAGACCGCCGCAGAAGCGCGGGUUGACCAGAGGAGAGAGCGCGCCCCACAGACCAGGGGGAGUGCUGGGUACCCCGGUGGCCGGGGAGAAGAACAUCUUCUUCACCAGACCGCCGCAGGAGCGCGGGUUGACCAGAGGAGAGAGCGCGCCCCACAGACCAGGGGGAGUGCUGGGUACCCCGGUGGCCGGGGAGAAGAACAUCUUCUUCACGAGACCGCCGCAGAAGCGCGGGUUGACCAGAGGAGAGAGCGCGCCCCACAGACCAGGGGGAGUGCUGGGGACCCCGGUGGCCGGGGAGAAGAACAUCUUCUUCACGAGACCGCCGCAGAAGCGCGGGUUGACCAGAGGAGAGAGCGCGCCCCACAGACCAGGGGGAGUGCUGGGUACCCCGGUGGCCGGGGAGAAGAACAUCUUCUUCACGAGACCGCCGCAGGAGCGCGGGUCGACCAGAGGAGAGAGCGCGCCCCACAGACCAGGGGGAGUGCUGGGGACCCCGGUGGCCGGGGAGAGGAACAUCUUCUUCGUGGAGUCUCGCUGCGGGGUCAGCGGGCAACGGUCGCGCGCCGUGUCCAUGAGGCCGCGCCAGGCGUGCGCCGUAGAGUCGGCGGCCCUCACAAAUCCCGCCUCGACCGUCUACUACCUGGACACCUGCCUCGACGCCGCGGCGAGGGUCGGGUCCACAGAUCCCUAUGUAGAGUGGAGUCCCGACUCGGUGGUCGACCGGGUGCUGCGCCUCCCGAACGUGAAGGUGGUCCCGACGAGCCUCGCCGAGCUGGCGAAGGGCACGCCACUGGGGGCGUGGUCCCGGAAGGGUGACCUGCUGCGCUCCGCGUUCCCCAUCGAGCACUCCAGCGACGUCAUCAGACUGUUGGCGCUGUGGAAGUACGGUGGCAUCUACUUGGACCUCGACUUCAUUUUCGUCAGGUCGCUGGAUGACUUGGGGAUGGACUUUGUUGUGGCAGAAAGGAGCAACUGGAUCGCCAACGGAGCUAUUAGUUUCUCCGCUGAAGGCUUGGGUCAUGCGGUAGUAGGUCGGUGUCUGAAGGAGUUAGAAACUCACUUUGACGGCAACAUUUGGUCUCACAACGGACCGGCUCUCAUUACAAAGAUUGUCUCGAUGCUGUGCAACACCACACUGGUGGAGGAGAUGACCCGCGAGAGGUGCUGGGGGUUCACAGUGCACCCGCCCGCCCUGUUCUACCCGUUCCGCUACGAGAGCUGGUGGCUCAUGUUCGACGAGUACAGCAGCGAUGCCUUCAUGGCCUUCGUGCUGAAGAACUCCACAUAUGCAGUGCACGCGUGGAACAAGCUGAGCCACGCGAGGAACGUCCGCGCCGACUCCAGGCAGCCAUUCGCGCUGCUGGCCAGGCGCUUCUGCCCCACCGUGUUCUCCGCCGCUGGACCCUUCUUCUGACAGGGCUCUCUCACUCGCCUCAUUGAAGAGACCACACUACCAUCUUGAAUAUUUCUAUUGUUUGCAACAAUUUUUAUUUUGAGCCAUUCAUCCAAAUGUUUGGCAUAACAACUGUUAAUAAUUAAUCCCAACCUUUUACAUCUUGUCACAAUCUGAUAUUCACUAAGCAAGUCUUGGAGGGAAAUUACUGCUUAUUUCAUGUAGGUGCCAAGUUUCAUGAUAGUCACCCCAGUCGACAAAUGUUUAUUUUUAUCAAAUAUAAGAUUAUUUUAUUU